GGCCCCCUUCACGGUGGGACGAGCAGGCGGCAUCAUUCUGAAGCUCGUGGCGCGUCGUGUGGUAGCUGAGCUCGGCAGCAUGGGCCGGCGGUAUCGGAACCGGCGGCGCUCGCAGCUGCAGCAGCAACGCCCGGAGUCGAGAGAGGACGCGGCGGACGGGGACGGGAAGCGGGAUAAGUCUGGCUGGGAGGGCGGUUACCCCGAGAUCGUCAAAGAGAACAAGUUGUUUGAACACUACUACCAGGAGCUGAAAAUCGUUCCCGAAGGCGAGUGGGAGCAAUUCAUGCAGGCCCUCCGGGAGCCUCUCCCGGCCACUCUGAGAAUCACUGGAUACAAAUGCCAUGCAAAGGAAAUUCUCCAUUGCCUGAAGAACAAGUAUUUCAAGGAACUAGAGGAUUUGGUGGUGGAUGGUCAGAAAGUUGAAGUACCACAGCCUUUAAGCUGGUACCCAGAAGAGCUUGCAUGGCAUACAAAUCUGAGUCGAAAAAUCUUGAGGAAGUCUCCACAGCUGGAAAAAUUUCACCAGUUUUUGGUUAGCGAAACUGAAUCUGGAAACAUUAGUCGUCAGGAAGCUGUCAGUAUGAUUCCACCCUUGCUGCUUAAUGUUCAGCCUCAUCAUAAGAUUUUAGAUAUGUGUGCAGCACCUGGAUCAAAGACUGCCCAGUUAAUUGAAAUGCUUCAUGCUGAUAUGAAUGUUUCCUUUCCAGAGGGAUUUGUUAUCGCUAAUGAUGUUGACAACAAACGCUGCUAUUUGCUGGUUCAUCAAGCAAAAAGGUUAAGCAGUCCUUGUAUUAUGGUUGUAAACCAUGAUGCUUCCAGCAUUCCUAGACUGCAGAUAGAUGUGGAUGGAAAGAAGGAGGUUCUCUUCUAUGAUAGAAUUCUAUGUGAUGUGCCCUGCAGUGGAGAUGGUACCAUGAGGAAAAACAUUGAUGUAUGGAAAAAGUGGACAACACUAAAUAGUUUGCAACUACAUGGUUUACAGCUUAGGAUAGCAACACGUGGGGUUGAGCAGCUGGCUGAGGGUGGCAGGAUGGUGUAUUCUACAUGUUCAUUAAAUCCUAUUGAGGAUGAAGCAGUCAUAGCCUCUCUGUUGGAGAAAAGUGAAGGUGCUUUGGAGCUUGCUGAUGUUUCUUCUGAGUUGCCAGGUUUAAAGUGGAUGCCUGGGAUCACACAGUGGAAGGUAAUGACAAAAGAUGGACAGUGGUUUGCAUGUUGGAAAGAUGUACCUCAGAGCAGGCAUACUCAAAUUCGCCCUACUAUGUUCCCCCCAAAAGAUGAAGAAAAUUUAAAGAAAAUGAACUUAGAACGUUGUCUUCGGAUAUUACCACAUCACCAGAACACUGGAGGGUUCUUUGUGGCAGUAUUAGUCAAGAAAUCUUCAAUGCCCUGGAAUAAACGUCAGCCCAAGCUCCAGCGAAAAUCUCCUAUAGAUACAGGAGAAGCUGCAGAAUCAAGCCCUUCAUUGCCUGUAGAGAUGACUGCCUCAGCCCCUACAGAAACAAGUCUCACAGCUUCUGCAGAAACAGGUGACAGACCUGUUACUGAGACUGAGGGGGAGGAAACCUUUCAAAGAACUCAGAAUUUGGAGAGUGACAUAAACAAGAAAGAUGGUGUAUGUGGCCCACCCCCAUCAAAGAAAAUGAAGCUAUUUGGAUUUAAAGAAGAUCCAUUUGUAUUUAUUCCUGAAGAUGAUCCAUUAUUUCCACCUAUCCAGAAUUUUUAUGCCUUGGCGCCUUCAUUUCCAAAGAUGAAUUUAUUGACUCGAACCCAAGAAGGGAAGAAAAGACAAUUGUAUAUGGUUUCUAAGGAGCUGAGAAAUGUGCUGCUGAAUAAUAGUGAGAGGAUGAAGGUUAUUAACACAGGGAUAAAAGUAUGGUCUCGGAAUAACGAUGGUGAACAAUUUGGUUGUGCAUUCCGCCUGGCACAAGAGGGAAUAUAUACAUUGUAUCCAUUUAUUAAUUCAAGAAUUAUUAUUGUGUGUAUAGAAGAUAUUAAAAUUUUAUUAACCCAGGAAAACCCAUUUUUUAGUAAGUUUAGCAGUGAGACACACAGACAAGCUAAAGAUAUGGCUAAAGGAAGCAUUGUCCUGAAAUAUGAACCAGAUGCUCAGAAACCAGAUACUCUUCAGUGCCCUAUUGUGUUGUGUGGAUGGCGUGGAAAGACUUCAAUUCGUGCUUUUGUGCCCAAGAAUGAACGACUUCAUUAUCUAAGGAUGAUGGGAGUGGAGGUGUUCAGAGAGAAGAGAAAAGAAGAGUCUACAAGUAAAUUAGAGGAGAGCCAGGCCAUUGCCAAACAGAUGGAUAAGGAAAUGGAUGUGGAAUGCAGAACAAAAGAAUUGGUCAACUCAGAUUCACAGAUAGAAGAUGAAUUGGAUGAGUUGAUACAGGAAUCACUGGAAAGUGCGCUUGAUGAAGCAGAGAGUAAUACAGGAAACGACAAACCACAAGAUUCUAAAAAUCAAGCCCAGUGUUGACCAUAAUAAUACCAAAGACUCAAUGCUUUUUAGUUCACAUCUGCCUGCCUUGCUUUGAGUUAAAAAUCUAGAACUUUCAUUGUCUGUAAAUAAAUUUUAAAAAAUAUACUACAAAGCGGCACGAACAUCAUCAUACACAGCCCUUCAUUUUAUUCUUGUAUAGAGCUUAGCAGUAGGUAUUUCCCAGUUGCUUUUAAAGUAAUGCCUUUUCUUGGCCCCUUUGUUUUUAUGACACUGCUGGUUUUGGUGUGUCUAUUGCAGGCAGUGGACUUCGCACCAGUAAAAUCUUAUUUCCAUUGUGAAGCCUAAAGAAUAAAACUGCUUAUGUAUUUUCCUUUUUUAGAACCCUUUUGUUAUGCCUCUAUAUGUUGAAAAGAAUUCUUAUAAAAUACAAAUGAAUGGAUCUUAAUGUCCAUUAAUGAUUUUUGAAAUACAUGCACACAUGUAUACAUACAUACACAUGCAAACUUGUGUAUGUAUAUGAAACCUUACGAAAAAUGCUGUUUGCUUUAAUAAUUGUGUAAGUUGCACAUUUUAGUGUUACAUUUUUAUGCAAUGAGGUUAAUAUCUGAGUUUUUCAGGUAAGCAUUGUACCUUUUGAAAUAAAGGACAAGUAAACUUUU